AGUCAAUUACAGCAAAAGAGAAGAUGAGUAAUAAAAAGCAAGAGUAACCCUUAGGAAAUGCUUUAAAUAAAUUAAGAGGAGAUUUAAAGCAUAUCUCUUUUUUUAAGUCAAAACUGCCAGGAUUGUCGCCUUUGAAUAAAUUGAGUCCUUUUAAGGAAUCAAGCACAUAUUAGUUAUUCAAUAAAAAUUAUGCAUCUGUUGAUUUCACAACUCAAAAGUAUCAAGUUAAAAUUUCAAAGACAGCCCUCAUUCAAAUAAAUUAAAUAGAGAUCUAGGAACAAAGAACUGUCUUCAUUUGAUUCAUCAAGAAGUCCUCAUAAAUCUCCAAAUAUUAGUAAUUAGUAAUUUUAUUAGUAAUUUUUAAAGCUCUUCAAGGUAAAACACAUAAAAGAAAGAAAAUACUACUAGAAUACAAUAAGUGAAGAGAUCGGAAUAGUAAGAAAGUAUUGUAAAUUUUAGAAAAAUUCCUUUUGAUUCAUUAAAAUCAUCCAGGAUCUACAUGGAGAGUUAAAAAUAAAUAACAUAAGCAUUAAAGCAAUAAUAAAAGCCUGAGGAUAUGUAAGAUUUUAAUAUAAUAAUUAGGAAAUUAAUUUUAGGAUUAAAAAGCCUAAUAAAAAAAGAGAAAUAAGUUAUUUUAAAUGAUGUAGAUUAAGUAAUCAAAUAGACAGAUAAAUAUUAAUAAAAAAUUACAGAAAUUGUUAAUAUUUAUAUACUUAUAUUAGACAAACGAUUAAGAAUAAUUAAGCAAGCAAUAUCAAAAAAUGACAGAGGAUGAUCAUUAGAGUUUGGAAUAAUAUGGAGAAACCAUAGCAAAAUAUAAUAAAGCAAUUUAGUUAUUACAUGAAUUAUAAGUCGAUUAUGAUUCAUUAUUACCUGAAUUAUGUAUGUUUUUAUUUAUAUUGAUAUUAGAGAAUGAUUAGACUGAAGAAGCCUUAAAAAAAGUAUAAUAGGAAGAGAAUAAGGAUGAAACAAUCUUACUUUAAUAGUUUAUAAUUAAAAAACUGGUGAAUAAAAUAGAAGAAUCCAAAUAGCUCAAUUAGUAACUAAUUUCAAAGAUCAAAUUAUGAUAAUUAAAAAG